AUGGCUACCGUCGUGACCUCGAGUCCAGUCCCUCACUCCCCGCCCGGCCCCGAAACCAAGCGGCCAAAGGGCAUCCUAAAGAACUCCUUCCAGCGAUCUCCACCCGUGUCUCCCACCCAGCUCCACCACGCAAAUUCCGCGACUCCCGAGGCCGACGACGACUCCAUCACCGAGAAGGAGCUCACCAUUCAAAAUACCCAGUACAAUGCCGGCCACCGCCGCUCCUCCUCCGCCGCCCGCCCCGCCGGCUCCCGGCGCCAAUCCUCCAGGACCCCCAGCCACCACGGCGACGAGGAGUCGUCGCAGCGCCUCAAGUGGGACGAGGCCAACCUUUACCUGACCGAGCAGGAGCGCUCCUCCACCAUGAAGAUCACCGAGCCAAAGACCCCCUACGCCAAGCACUACGACCCCGCCGAGGAUCCCUCCGACGACGACCACGACAUCGACAUGGUCGGGUCGGGCAUCCCCAAGCCCGCCCGGUCCGGCAAGACCGCCUCCAAUGCCGAGGAUGAGAUUCCCGGCCUGUCGCUCGGCGAGCCCGAGGAGGCCGUCCCCGAGCCUGAGCCCGUCCCCGCCGACGAGGUCGCCAUGAAGCACAGAGGAAGCAGGGUGCACGUAGACGACGCCGGAUCCGGCCACGAUAACGACGACGACGAGCUGGUCGGACUCAGCCCCGAGGAGCGUGAAAAGCACCGCCGCUUUACCCAGAUGCGCAAGAAGCACUACGAGAUGAAGAAUGUCGCCCACCUGCUGGGCCACCCCGAGGACCUCGAUGAUCUAGCCGGCGAUGACGACGAAAGCAAUGGCCGCGCCGUCCCUCCCGUUCCGAACUCAAAUGGACGGGCUGUAUAG